AUGCUUAUGAGAACUGUGCUCUGGUUACUCCUAAUUCUCGUAGUCACCAGCGAAGAUGAAUUCACCUUUGAUGGCUUCAACAAUACGAACCUUAGCUUGGAUGGCAUAGCAAGCAUAUCUGAUGGGCUUCUCAGGUUAACCAAUGCCACCCGGCAAACCAAAGGUCAGGCCUUCUACCCCAUCCCUUUUCAGUUUAGAGAGAAAUCCUCUGGUAGAACUCUGUCUUUCUCUACCUCCUUUGUGUUUGCCAUUGUUUCUGAGUUUUCCGACAUCAGCACUUUUGGGUUUACAUUCUGUAUAGCACCUACUGAAAGGCUCUCUGGAGAUCUAGGCCAAUACUUGGGUCUGCUCAAUCUGAAGAACGAUGGCAACUCAUCGAACCAUAUUGUUGCCGUGGAAUUCGACACAACUCAGAACCCCGAAUUCUCGGAUAUUGAUGACAACCAUGUUGGCAUCGAUGUCAAUGAGAUGAGAUCACUGAAUUCCCACACUGCCGGCUAUUUUUCUAAUGGUGAUGGCAAAUUUAACAAUCUUAGCAUUAUAAGUGGGGAUCCCAUGCAAGUUUGGGUAGAAUAUGAUAGUGGAAAUAUGCGAUUUAAUAUCACCCUAGCUCCUCUUAGUCUUUCUAAACCCAACCUUCCUCUCCUGUCCUCCACCAUCAAUCUUUCCAAAAUAAUUUUGGACACCAUGUAUGUGGGUUUCACUGCAAGUGAGGGUAAUAUCCUAACAACUUAUUAUAUCCUUGGGUGGAGCUUCAAGAUCAAUGGGGAAGCUCAGCCUCUCAAUCUUGCAAGGCUGCCUUCACUCCCACGCAAAACUUAUAAAGCAAAAUCAAAGACUAUGGUGAUAUGGUUGCCAAUAUCUAUGUCAAUCCUUGUGUUAGCUACAAUAUUGGUCAUUACACACUUGGUGAUGAGGAAGAAAAAGUUUGCGGAGAUACUUGAAGAUUGGGAGCAGGAGUAUGGACCUCAAAGAUUCACAUACAAAGAUCUCUAUAGAGCUACAAAUGGCUUCAAGGACGAAGGUCUUCUUGGGGCUGGUGGAUUUGGUAGGGUCUAUCGAGGGGUCUUGCCAACUUCCAAAGCUGAAGUCGCAGUUAAAAGAAUCUCUCAUGAAUCAAGGCAGGGAGUGAGACAAUUCAUAGCGGAGAUUGUAAGCCUUGGCCAGCUCCGACAUCGGAACCUUGUUCGACUCCAAGGAUAUUGUCGACGGAAAGGAGAGCUGCUCCUUGUCUAUGACUUCAUGCCCAAUGGCAGCUUGGACAAGUUUCUGUUCAACCAAGCUGCAUUUGGCCUUGGCUGGAGUCAAAGAUUCCAAAUCAUCAAAGGUGUGGCAUCAGGCCUCCUAUAUCUUCAUGAAGAUUGGGAGAAAGUAGUAAUUCACAGAGACAUCAAGGCCAGCAAUGUAUUACUGGACAGCGAAUUCAAUGGAAGGUUAGGUGACUUUGGCCUUGCCAGACUAUACGAUCAUGGAACUAAUCCUCAGACUACACAUAUAGUUGGAACUAUAGGAUAUCUUGCACCAGAACUCACUAAGACUGGCAAGGCAACUAAAAACACUGAUGUGUUUGCUUUUGGCACAUUCCUUCUUGAAAUUGCUUGUGGAAAGAGGCCAAUAGAGCCACAAAGACAAGGAGAUGACAUACUUUUGGUGGACUGGGUGCUGGAGAAGUGGCAGAAGGGUGCAAUUCUUGAAACUAGUGACCCAAGAAUGGGCAGCGAGUAUGUGGUAGAGGAAGUGGAAUUGGUUUUGAAGCUAGGCUUGCUCUGUUGUCACCCCCUGGCUGGCGCUAGGCCAAGCAUGAUGCAGGUAAUGCAGUUUUUGGAUGGGGAUGUUCCUCUCCCGGAGUUGUCACCUGCUAAUCUGAGUGCUGAAGUCUGGGCAUCACUCCAGGAUGAAGGCUUUGACAAUUAUGUAAUGUUGUAUUUCUCAUCAGAGGGCACUAUGUCAUUUAUUUCUGAAGGCCGAUGAUCAUUAAAUCAAAUUAUUAAGCUAUUGCGACAAGCAGGUCGGAACCUUGGAAGAUUUCCCAUCAUAAAUCCUUCACUUUUCAUGUCAUCCUUGCAGAGGAACCACACAAUUCUAUUUUCUAUCAGAUGUCUUGGAAGAGUCCACAUCUAGCAUAAAUGAAGGUGUGACAGAAGCAAAAGCAGUUUUACUUUCGUCCUUUCUUUUCCUCUCCCUUCUUCUCUCUCACUUAUCGCAUGGCAUAAUACUUGUACAGUUGUAUUAUUA